UCUACAUACUACCAGCAGACUAGCUCCUAUUCACAGACUAGACACGGAAGCGAUUUCUCUGUGGACAUGGCGUUGUUUACCGCGACAAAGUCGCUCAUAAUUUUGACGAUUUUAACGAUUUUGCUCUUUUGUUUGAGCACAGAGGGAAGACUUUCGCAUCAAAGACUCCAGGAGGCGCAAGUGGACACUUCAAACUAUCACAAGCAUGCCCAGUUGACGAGUUUGAUGCAUCAAUAUGCUACCGACUAUCCGACCAACAAAUUGCACAAAGUCGGGAGCAGCGUGCAGGGCCGCGAGUUGUGGGCCUUGCAAAUCACCGAUCGGCGGGAGGUGGAACCGGGUGAGCCCUGGUUCAAGUACGUCGGUAACAUGCACGGAAACGAAGCCGUUGGGAGGGAAAUUCUGAUAUUCUUAAUUCAAUAUCUUUGCCAAAGUUACGGGAUCGACGAUCGAGUCACAAAUCUUAUCGACAGCACAAACAUUUUCAUUAUGCCGAGUAUGAACCCGGAUGGGUUCGAAAGUGCCACGGAAGGUGACUGCACGUCGGCGAGUGGCGGCCGGCAGAACGCACACAAUAAAGAUCUGAAUCGAAACUUUCCAGACCAGUUUCGGUCAAAGGACCCUCCCCAGGAACCCGAGACUUCGGCCCUGAUAAAAUGGAUUGAAAGCUACCCGUUUGUUUUGUCCGCAAAUCUUCAUGGGGGUAGCGUCGUCGCAAGUUACCCUUUCGAUGAUUCCGCACAGCAUAAACGAAGUGGCGUUUACAGUUCAUCACCCGACGAUAAGGUCUUUGUUAUGUUAGCAAAGGCCUACGCUGACAACCAUCUCACAAUGUCUCGCGGUCCUGCUGAGUGCUACUCCGGCGAAUCGUUCCCCGGGGGAAUAACUAACGGAGCUCACUGGUAUGAUGUUCCUGGGGGCAUGCAAGACUACAACUAUCUGCACAGCAAUUGCUUUGAGAUCACCAUUGAGUUGUCGUGCUGUAAGUACCCGUUGGCAAGCCAGUUGGCAACUGAGUGGAACAACAACAGGGAGUCACUUCUGGCCUACAUGGAAAUGGUACAUCGCGGUGUCAAAGGCUUCGUGUACGAUGCCGUGCAGCAUACCGGUAUCCCCGGUACCCGCAUCGUUGUGGACAGCAUCCUACACGAUGUCACUACGGCCCAGUUUGGUGAUUUCUGGCGGCUGCUUACCCCGGGGACGUACACCAUAUCAGCUCAUGCCGACAGCUACCGGCCAGGCGACGCGCAGACGGUGGUUGUGACCGACGGGGAACCGGUGGAAUUGGAAUUCUUCUUGGUUCCGGAAGGCAGUGAAGACCUGCUGGACCUGAAGGCCAAACAGUCCGGCGAUGCAGAACAAGAAAUCAACGAAGAAGAAGAAGACGAACUGGAGCCGGUGGUCUUCGAAUACCACCACUAUGAGGAAAUGAAGACUUUCCUGCAGGCCUACGCCGACCGGUACCCACACAUCACUAGCCUGUACUCUAUAGGGACCUCCGUGCAGGGACGGACGCUGUACGUGAUGGAGAUCAGUGAUAACCCAGGACAACAUGAACCAGGUGAGCCAGAGUUCAAGUACGUCGCUAAUAUCCAUGGCAACGAAGUCGUAGGUCGGGCCUUGGUUCUCAACUUGAUCCAGUUCCUCUGCGAGAACUACGACCGGUCUGCGGAGGUGACGGCGCUGGUGGACUACACGCGCAUUCACCUGAUGCCGUCGAUCAACCCGGACGGCUUUGAGAAAGCCCAUGAAGGCGAUAAAACGGGCGUUAUGGGUCGCAACAACGCCCACAACGUGGACCUGAACCGCAACUUCCCGGACCAGUACGGGUCCAGCGAGGGCAAGCUUCAGCCCGAGACCCGGGCCAUGAUGCAGUGGAUCCGGUCCUACCCCUUCGUGCUGUCGGCAGGUCUCCACGGGGGGUCCCUGGUGGCCAACUAUCCCUGGGACGACAACAAACCGGGCACCAGCGGCUACAGUAAAUGUCCGGACGAUGCCGUCUUUAUUCAGAUCACCGAGGCAUAUUCAAUGGCACAUACCACCAUGCACCGCGGCCAUCCAUGCCCAAAUCUCUACCCUAACGAGAGCUUCAAAGAGGGCAUCACAAACGGAGCUGAGUGGUACAGCGUUGCCGGCGGGAUGCAAGACUGGAACUACCUUCACAGCAACUGCUUUGAGAUCACCUUGGAGCUGGGCUGCGUCAAGUACCCAAGGACCAGGGACCUGCGGAGCUAUUGGAACGCCAACAAGGUCGCCAUGCUAGCCCUGAUUGAGGAGGUCCACAGAGGAGUGAAAGGCUUUGUAGUCACCCCUAAGGGCAAAGGCAUCGUCAACGCCACCAUCAGCGUGGCGGGGAUCGAUCACAAUCUCCUCACAGCUGUGGACGGUGACUACUGGCGGCUGCUGGUACCCGGCACGUACGAGAUUACUGCCUCAGCUGAUGGAUUCGUUCCUCAGACCCAGACCGUCACGGUCCAAGAGGAAUGGGCCGUAGAUCUGAAUUUCACGCUGGUACACAGCGGGGAAACGGCGCCGGAUAAAACCCCGCUCAACACCGCGCUGUCGGACCAAGAGUGGGCCCAGACGUUCGACUUUGGCCUGCCCCAGGACUCGGCAGACUACCUGUCCAAUGAGGCGCUGGCUGCCAAGAUGACGGAACUGGAGGCCAAGUACCAGAGCUCGGGAGUCCUGAGGCUGCUGCCCCUGGGUGCCACAGCGGCCAAUCAGGCCGUAACAGGGGCGAUACUAACCAAUCCUGGCGCAGAGGAGGACGUGAGUGACAUGCCACGGGUGGCUCUGAUUGGUGGACUGAGAGGGGACGAGCCGGUGGGGCGGGAGAUUCUCUGGCGGCUGAUUCGGCAUCUGGCUGAAGGCUAUGAGAGAGGCGACAGCGUUGUCACCCAGAUCCUGAACCAGACCUCAGUUGUGAUAGUACCGGCCAUUGACCUGGAUGGGUUCGACCAUUCCCAGCAAGGGGAUUGCCAAGGGGAACACUUCACGGGGGAGUCCUUCGAUCAUGCGUUCGGCCCAAAUGGGAAAAUGAUGUCCACAAGACCAGAGCUAACCAUGGUGAAGAACCUCCUCACUACCACGCAAUACAGCUUAGUGCUCAGCAUCGAAGCGGGUGGCAUGUGGGUCAGGUAUCCCUUAGACACCUCUGUCGCAGGUAAUGAACUGGCCCAAGGGGCGGUCACUGAGGAUGACGACCUAUUGUCUUACCUGGCCUCGACCUUUGCCCUGGACCAUCCCACUCUGCACACGGAGGUGAACUGCCACGGGCGCAGGUUCCAGGCGGGGAUUGUGCGAGGGUCAGACUGGACGCCCAGACAGAACUCCCUGCAAGAUUACAUGUAUUUGAAGCAAAGAGCUUACAUGAUCACAAGCCAUGUGUCUUGUUGCAAGUACCCAGACCACACAGCCUUGCAGUCUCUAUGGAGGGAGAAUCUAGAACCGUUGAUGGGGUUCAUACGCCAGGCCCAACAAGGGAUUCAUGGUACCGUGCAGGACAACAAGGGCAUGCCACUGCCAGGGGCCACCCUUGCGUUAGUCGGUCACACUCGCAACAUCGCCCUCUCUGGCCAGACUGCGUCCUUCCAUCGCCUGCUGCCGCCUGGCGAUCAUGUGAUCAUGGCGGAGGCCCCGGGGUUCAUGCCGAUAACCAAACACAUCAACGUGGAGAAGAACCAGAUGCAGAAAGUCAUCUUUAAGCUGCAGAAGCCCAUUGACAUGGUUUAUCACAACUACGACGCUAUGGAGAAAUACCUGCGCCAAUUGGCUACCCGCUACCCAGAUAUUACUCACCUUAAGAGCAUUGGCCAGUCGGCAGACUUUCGCCAGCUCUGGACGUUCGAGAUCGGCAAGCACCCUGGCCACCACACCCCGGGCAGGCCCGAGGUCAAAUUUGUGGCCAAUGUCCGCGGCAACGAGCCGGUAGGCAGGGAACUCCUGCUCGGGUUGGCCGAUUAUCUCCUGCGUAACUAUGGAAACGAUGAUGUCAUCACCAAGCUGAUUGACAAAACACAGAUCCAUCUACUGCCCAACAUGAACCCAGACGGCAGCGAGGCAGCGUGGGAUACCGAGGGAACUUGCAACGGAAAGGUCGGGGUGGGAAACUCUCACCACGUCGACCUGGAACAGGACUUCCCAAGUGUAGUAGUGAACCGAAGCGUGGCAGACCUUCAGCCCGAGACGAGGGUCGUGAUUGGCUGGCUGCAGAGCCGGCCGUUCACCCUGUCGGUGGCCCUGUACGGUGGCACAUCGGUGGUCAGAUACCCUUACACAGCCAACCACCACCCAGCCUACGCAUCAAGAAAUCUACCAAACCCUACCCUAGAUGACGAUGUCUUUGUCCAUCUCGCAAAGACCUACGCCAAUCUACAUCCCACAAUGCACUUGGGAAAUCCAUGCCCCAACGACACCACUACAGGGUUUCAGGACGGCAUCGUGAAUGGAGCCGCAUGGGAAAACUACGAUGGUAGCAUGCAGGAUUAUAAUUACGACUUCAUAAAGUGUCUGGAGAUUGCGGUUGCCACCGGCUGCUGCAGAUACCCAACCCAACCAGUACUACAGCGGUUAUGGGACGACCACCGCAAACCACUCAUUGAGAUGAUCCAACAGGCCCACCAUGGCAUCAAAGGCUUCGUCCGGGACAUACGAGGCCAGCCGAUCGUCGGCGCCAAAAUCACCGUCGAGGGUCGCGGCCACCGUGCCGAAUCGUCACCAGAGGGCGACUUCCAUCUCCUCCUACUACCUGGGACGUACACGCUGAUGGCAGAGGCCGAGGGGUCCGGGACCCAGACCCGGAAAUGCACUGUGGGGGAUGUGGAUUUCGAGGCGGUACUCGUCGACUUUGAGAUGGAGGAGACUAAGGAGAUACUAGGCCUGCCGCCGAUAAUGUUUAUUGGGGUCACAGUUGUCGGCGUGAUGUUGCUCAUCCUCACAACCGUCUGUCUCGUUUACGUCUGUCGCUCCUCGACCACGGGCCGUCGCAAGCAGGGCUUUUACCGUCUCGACGGCGAGAAGAUGUACCAAGAAGAAUACAAUGAUCGCAUCGCGCUUAAAGGGUUCAACUCUACAUCCAAACGGCCCCUCUUAAACAACGUCGAGUACCACGAUUUCCUAGAUUCUGCCAGCGACGACGAAACAAUGUUCACAAGGAACAGUUCUCACUGACGCAAUUUUUUUUUUUUUCCUCUAAAAUUUAAUGUAGAUAUUUUCUAAAAGGUACGUCUUCACCCUCGUGUUUAAAGUGCGCCACUUUUGUCUGGGGAAAUCCUUAAGUGUGUUCUUGGAAUGGACACAGUGAACCAAAAACAACUUGUGAUGAAAUGACUUAUAAACAGUACUUGUGUCUGGCGCCCUCUGCUGGUCAUGCACAGAGAGUUUGAAUUUUUUUUAUUAAUCAGUUGGAAAAUUAAACAUAAAACAGCUCUCUUAAACUCUCUAUUUUUUUGCAUUUUUGCGGUUAUUUGAAAAUGCUUGUGUUAAAAACAUGUACUCUUAGAAUGUUGUUUGUUUAUUUGUUUUUGUUUGUUAAUUAGCAUAUCAAGAAGACUUCAAAAUAUUUUUAAAAAUCGUAAGGAAACUUGUACAGGGUUGGAAAAAAACAAAAUUCAAAAUUUGCUACUUAAGAAUCAUGUCCACAAAAAGUCACUUGUGAUAUAUCAAAAAGUGAUUUCCUAUACAGUUUAAUAUAUAGUUGUAAAGUUGAACAGAGACAUUGACUGGAGCGGGGUUUGAACCUGCGACCUCUGGAUUGCCGUUCCGGUGCUCUACCAACUGAGCUAUCCAGCCCUAUGUUUGCGGUUCCCCAUUUGUCAAUGUCCUUGUUCAAUUUAAUAUAUUUAAUUCAAUUCAAGAAAACAUUUUUUCCAUACUCCUUUAGAGAAUACAUCCAUCAGUAAAAAAGAAAUCUGGUAAAUAACAAGAUAACAAAAUCAAUAAAUAUGUCUCAAAAAAAAGAAAAUUAAUACCAGUAAGAUACGCUAUGAAGAAAUGUUAAACUUAUUUCGAUUUAUGUACAAAAGAAACUAAGGAGUAUGGGGCUGUUUAAGUAAGCCGAGGCUUGUAGGAAACAGCCCUUACAGACAACAAUAACAACAGAAAAACAACAUGAUAACAACACACGGACGAGACAGACAAGACAAAAGACUUAUCUGUCCAAAAGUUGCCAAUAGUGUUUUUUCUCAAAGCUACUACAUGUAUGUAGACAUCUGAAAUCAAGGUAGAUGUUUUUGAAUGAAAUAUCUUCUCAAAUCUUUGCAUUUUUUCUUGUGCAAAGCCCAUGUGGACUGCCUUCGCUUCAUUGUCUGGGCAUUGAACUCCUCGUCUGUGGGCAAUUCUGCAGGCUGUGGGUUCGAGUCCAGCCUGGGGUUAUGGUGCGUGCGCCCUUGGGCAAGGCACUUUGUCGCUCAUUGCUUCUCCCCACCCAGUAAUAAAUUGGGUACCUGUGAAGGCAGAGAUGGUUAUUGUGAUUGAUUUUUAUCAGCUUCGUGCCGAAAUGGCAGCUUCAUGCUGUAUACUCUCCACAGAGCUGAGAUGGUCUUUGGAGUGUUUCAUUUCAUUCAUUCAUACAAACAUUUAUUUCAAUAUUGCUGACACAAAAUGCACAAUGAGUCUAUUUAAAAAUAACAUUAAUGAGAAAUUGAGUAAGGAACAAAUAAUAUUUAUAUAACCAACAAAUAAUGUAACAAUCCACAAAAACUACGACUCAUUAACAAAUAAUAAAUUAUAAAAACAGCAAUAUGGUGGCACGCGGGGAAGCCGAAGGCUUAUAUUGCCAUGCCAGUACAAACAAAAAAACAAUUUACAAACAUGAGUGGACAAACAAUCAUUUCCCCACUGCAAUUAUGAUGUAGUGCCACAAUAAUGGAUAUGUGCGCUUGCUAAUAAAGAAAAAUCAUUAUUGAUGAUAAUUCCCCUUUUUAUUUUACCAUUAACAGGCCAUAAUCAAUGUUUAAACUUCUGGAUCCAGCAUAAUUCGCAUUGUAUGCAGACAGGUUUAGUGGAAUUCAGGGUAGGGACGUGCAUUUACGGGUACUACACGAACCGGGUACCCGUUUGAAAAAAAAACACGGGUACUCGGGUAACCGUUAAAGAAACCCAACCCAAAAAUUCAAAUCUGGGAAGUUGCUGUCUAGAUUAGUCAUAAACGUCCACGGGAUAAUACUACCACAUCGGUUCAUCAAUACAGCAAGAUACAAGUGUGUACAGUGAGCUUUAUUAAAGCUGGAGUCCAUCAUUUGCAGCC